CUCUUCGUUCCCGCAGGGCUUGUUACAGCGUUUUGGAUUUUCACAGUGGCCAUGCUAGGGGUGAGGUGGUCCCUUGUGGUCUUGCUCUGCGAUGACUGAUGAUGUUGAGCUCCUCUCCCUGUGCUCCUGGUCGUCUGCGUGUCUUCCUGGAGGAAGGCUGACUCAAGUCCUAGGCUACUCUGUAGCCAGUUUGUGGUUUCUUUUUACUGCCUGAACCCCUCCUGCAGCGGAUUCUGACCCUGAUGCUUACGGUGUGCAGAUAGGGUCUUAUUGUGAAGGCCGUCUUUGUGGAUGGACUCCUUGCUCUGCAGAAACUUUUCAGUUCAGUUUCUGCUCUUGCUGAGUCAUUGCCAAGAGUGUGAGGCUGUUAUCCCCCCCCCCCCAAUUUUCUUUUAGGGGAUUUAUAGGGCUUUGAUCUGCUUGAUCAUCUUUCUGCAGGCAGCAAUAAAUUUUAUUUCCCAGCCUGUUUGAUGAGAGACUGCCCUCAUACCUCGUGUCUUUUGGCACCUUGAAGGUCAUGUACCCAUAAAUGCAGGGUCUUGUUUCUUAUUUCUGGGUUCUUCAUUCUGGCCCAUUGGUCUUUAUGCCAGUGCUGAGUUUGUUAAGUUUAUUUAUACUUACUUUAUUUUCUCUAUUGGUACUUUGACCUAUUUUAAAGAAUUUUAUUUUAUUUUUGCUGUUUAUAACAGUAAUGCCGAAUUUGCUUUAUUCAUACCUCUUCGGUGAGUCUGCCAUCCUAUUUGUGUACAAUAUGAUUGGUUAUUUAAACUACCUUUGAAACCUUGGAUUAUAACAAUGACAUUGCAAUCCCUAAGGUAUCACCAUGUCCACUGUUUAAAGAAGCUGAUAUUCACAAUGUCCCUUCUAUAAGUUUUGCUUUAGAUUUCCAGAGUGCUAACGCACAUGAAACAUCCAAAUCUACAUAGAAUGUUAUCACCUAUUAGACCAUUAUGCCACAAGUAAAGCAUUUUAAGAGCUGAUUUAUACCCAUGGUUAUUCUAACAAAUGUCAGAAAUUAUAAGACAGAUUCAGUUAAAAGUAAAAUUUUCUAUUGCUACAUAUCAUGUAUUUUAUGAAGUUUUUCUUUUUUUAUUUUUGUCUUUUGAGAUAAGGUCUCCCUAUAACGAAUUUGUUUUAAUUUUUUAUUACUUAACUACAUUAUUUUCAUUGUUUCUUCUGUAAUUGUUUAAAGUACUAAGUAUAAAGGUUACCUAAAGAUUGUUCUUUAGUAUCUUACCUUUUCAGGGAGAUGGGGCUUGUAGUUUUUUGCAUUGUGGUCAGAGAGUUGUUCAUUUCUCUUCUCUGGAAUGUAUUGAGCACUGUGUCACUUUUCCUGGGGCGAUGUGAACAACCCUCUGUUCACCCCCAAUGUCAGACCAAAGCAGUGAUUCCACUGAAGCCUAGCUUGGUGAACCAGUGAAUUUAUUGGGGUUACAUAUAGGGGCAUGGGUGAGGGCUGCAUAACAGGUGUAUGGGUGAUUCUUGGGCCGCUGCAUCACUGAAAGCCUACCUCUGGGAUGGACUGCAUUCCUGAGCUCUGUUCAACUUGGCCUCUGCUACUGAAGAAUUUCCCCUCUCCAGCAGACCCAUGCUUGUACAUUCCACGCUUUGCUCACCUACUGGAAUUCGGGGAGAAGAACCAUGAGGUAUCCAUGACGGCCCUGAGGCUCCUGCAGAGAAUGAAGAGGGACUGGAUGCACACUGGCCGGCGCCCCUCAGGUCUCUGCGGAGCAGCACUUCUGGUUGCAGCCAGAAUGCACGACUUCCGGAGAACCGUCAAAGAAGUCAUCAGUGUGGUCAAAGUGUGUGAGUCCACACUACGCAAGAGGCUCACAGAAUUUGAAGACACCCCCACCAGUCAGCUCACCAUUGACGAGUUCAUGAAGAUUGACCUGGAGGAGGAAUGUGACCCUCCCUCGUACACAGCUGGACAGAGGAAGCUGCGGAUGAAGCAGCUGGAACAAGUCCUGUCAAAAAAGCUGGAGGAAGUUGAAGGUGAGAUAUCCAGUUACCAGGACGCCAUUGAAAUUGAGCUAGAAAACAGCCGGCCAAAGGCAAAGGGAGCCCUUGCCAACUUGUCAAAGGAUGGCUCUGGUGAGGACGCAACAUCCAGUCCAUUUGGUGAGGAGGACACCGAGGAUGAAGAGCUGGAGGCUGCCGCCAGCCACAUGAACAAGGACUUUUACCGAGAAAUCCUGGGGGACAGUGGCGGCUUGGAGGCAGCAGAAGACCUUGAGGAGGGCAACAGGCCCCUGGCCCUAGAGUCCCUGCUUGGCCCCCUGCCCACAGCAGCCAGCCUGGGCAUCUCCGACUCCAUCCGCGAGUGCAUCUCCUCCCCAAGUGGGGACCCUAAAGACACUUCGGGGGAUGGAGAGCUGGACCUCAGCGGCAUCGAUGACCUCGAGAUCGACAGAUAUAUCCUGAAUGAGUCAGAAGCCAGGGUGAAGGCUGAGCUGUGGAUGCGGGAGAAUGCAGAGUACCUGCGGGAGCAGAGGGAGAAAGAAGCAAGAAUAGCAAAGGAGAAGGAGCUUGGCAUCUACAAGGAGCACAAGCCCAAGAAGUCUUGUAAACGUCGGGAGCCAAUCUUGGCCAGCACAGCCGGGGAAGCCAUUGAGAAGAUGCUGGAACAGAAGAAAAUCUCCAGCAAGAUCAACUACAGUGUGCUGCGGGACCUCAACAGCAAGGGUGGAGGCAGCCCGUUCCAGGAGGACACACGGCCCCCAGAGCGGGCCAGUGCCAAGAGGCUGUCACGGAGGAAAAGAGCAGCCAGCAGGAGUGGUACUGGCCCCGGGACCAGCGUGGGGAAGAGGUUGAGGCCUCUGGUAUCUGCGCAGCCGGCUAAGAAGGCAGCGGUAGAAGAGGCCUUGCUUUCCAGCUCCCCUGCCCUGGGAGCUGAGCCCGUCAAGCCAUCGGCAGUCUUGGUAGAAAGUGGCCCUGUGUCAUACCACGCUGACGAGGACGCGGAUGAGGAGGAUGCUGAGGAGGAUGAUGGGGAGCCCUGCGUCAGUGCCCUGCAGAUGAUGGGCGGCAAUGAUUAUGGCUGUGAUGGUGAUGAGGAUGAUGGCUACUGAGUGGAACUCAAGCAGACAAUAUCCUGGUGUUGGACUCCAAGUGUACCUGUGUCAUGGGGGUCACAUGGGCCCUGGGGCCGUGGGUCACAGACAUGAGUUCUGACACUGGGGACCAGGCAAGCACAGCCCUGCUUGCUUUGAAAUUCUCAUCCCAUGGCCACAUUGUGGCCCUAUGGUACUUACUAUUGGGAAUCAUGUUUUGAGCAAUGUAAGGAAUAUUUUUACCCAGCAAGGGAAACCAUCUGUCUGUUAUAUGUAAUGAAAUGUGAUCAGGGAAUAACCAAGGGCUGAGUCCCACAGCAUGA